AUGGGUGGAAAGGGUAAGCACAGGUGGAAGAUCUCGAUACACAGAUCGUCUUCGAAGAAAGAAACCCCUAAAGAGUUCAUUUGUCCAAUUUCUGGGUCGUUAAUGUUCGAUCCAGUCGUUGUCUCCUCCGGCCAAACCUUUGAACGGACGUACGUUCAAGUCUAUAGAGAACUAGGCUUCACACCCACUCUCUCCGACGGCUCAAACCCCGAUUUCUCUACCGUAAUAUCCAAUUUAGCCCUCAAAACCACCAUUCUCAAUUGGUGCCGGAAAUCCGAUACACAAAAUCCUCAGCCGCCCGAUUACAGCUCCGUCGAGAACACCGUCCGUACACUCAUGGCGGAGACACAAUCGAAGGAGAAGUCGGAGAUUAGGGUUUCGGACAGGGAGUUGUUGAAAGCGGUGGCGGAAAAGCCGCCGGCGUUGUUGUCUCACGCCGCCACCGAGUUGAAUCCCCGGCGAGAGUACUACUCUUCGAGCUCCGAAGAAUCGGUUAUUGCCAACGUUCCGGCAACACCUCUCCUUCCGUUCGCAACUCGGCCUUCGUGUUACCACUCCUUUUCCUCUUCAACAUCUACAUCGUCGGAGAUCGUGUCGGAGGAAACCCUGAACCCUAAUUUGUCCUCGACCGCCGCUUCCGAAGACGAAAAGUUUCUGAUCAAAUUCAGGAGUCUAGAAGUAUUCGAACAAGAACAAGGUGUAAUUUCAUUGAGAAAGAUCACGAGAACCGACGAAUCGACUAGGGUUUCUGUGUGUACGCCUCGGCUAUUAGCGGCGCUCAAACAGUUGCUGAUCUCGAGGUACGCAGUAAUUCAGACGAACGCCGUGGCGGCCUUGGUCAACCUAUCUCUCGAAAAGGUAAACAAAAUAAAGAUCGUACGGUCAGGACUUGUUCCCCAAUUGAUCGACGUAUUGAAAGGAGGGUUUCCGGAGUCACAGGAACAUGCCGCCGGCGCAAUUUUCAGUUUGGCGUUGGAAGACGACAACAAGACCGCCAUCGGCGUUCUCGGCGCAUUGCAGCCUUUGUUGCACGCGCUGAGAUCGGAAAGUGAGCGAACUCGGAAUGACUCGGCUUUGGCUUUGUAUCAUCUCUCGCUGGUUCAGAGCAACCGAGUUAAGCUGAUUAAACUGGGUGCCGUGAAUACUUUACUUGGGUUGUUGAACCGCGGCGACUUGGUGGGGAGGGUGUUACUUGUGCUGUGUAAUAUGGCGGCGUGUGGAGAGGGGAAGGUGGCGAUGCUGGAUGGGAAUGCAGUGGAGAGUUUGGUGGGGAUGCUGAGGAAAGGAAGUGAGUUGGUGUCCGAGUCGACUAGGGAGAAUUGUGUGGCGGCUUUGUACUCAAUGAGUCAUGGGAGUAUGAGGUUUAAGGGGUUGGCGAGGGAAGCCAGGGCGGCGGAAGUGUUGAGGGUGGUGGAGGAGAGAGGGAGUGAAAGGGCGAGGGAGAAGGCGAAGCGGAUGUUGGUGGUGUUGAGAGGGAGGAAUGAGGGGGAGGAUGGGGAGGGGGAGGAGGAGGAGGUGGACUGGGAAGGGGUGAUGGAGGGUGGAGUGAGUCGGUACCGAGUGGGGAGGAAUGUUGGUGCCAACUCAACUGAGUUUUGA